AUGGUGGUCGCUCCGGCCAAGCGAGUGCCCCUUCGGCCAGACCUCUUUCCCUCCAUCGGCUUCACGACGGACGUGCGGGGCCUGCCGAACCUCCUGGAGAGGAUCCAUGGCGGGAAGCUCAACGGUAUGGAGCUCGCAGAGCUUGAGGCCAUGGAGGCGAAGGUUCGCGAGCUGAGGCUGGCCGGAAGGAGUUGA